CGGAAAAGGAGAAGUGUUUCACUGCGCAUGCGCGUACCUCUCGUGCAUUCGACCUUUACAACAAACCGACACAGUGAUCACCUGUCUGUGUGACAAUCUGUCCUCUGAACAUGUUGACCUGCGUGAAGUUUGUGUCUACGCCCUCUCUGGUCCGUGCUGGAUCUCGGGCGCUGUACAGGCCUCUGUCAGCAGCUGUAGUGUCAGAUGCCCGGAAAGGAGAGACUGCCUCGCUCCUACCUCAGAGUUCUCAGCAGCAGGUGGCAGUGCGCAGCUUCCAGACCAGUGCAGUGAGUCGUGACAUUGACACUGCUGCAAAGUUCAUUGGUGCUGGAGCGGCCACUGUGGGGGUCGCUGGAUCUGGAGCUGGUAUUGGAACAGUGUUCGGUAGCCUCAUCAUUGGAUACGCAAGGAACCCUUCUCUGAAGCAGCAGCUCUUCUCCUAUGCCAUUCUGGGCUUUGCUCUGUCUGAGGCUAUGGGUCUUUUCUGUCUGAUGGUUGCUUUCCUGAUUCUGUUUGCCAUGUAAAUGGUAGAGCAUAUCAUGAGGACGAACAUUGUUAACAAGAACUGUACAAAGGAAUUGUAUUAGCAACAACUCAACAGCAGCUAAGCUUCAUUGACGUGUUCACUGGUGUUUCUUAGAGGACUGUGACCUGCACAGCUGUAUAAAAUCAUAACAAACCAAAAUCAUUUUUGAUUAUGGAGAUGUUAUAUUGUAUAUUUAAUCAGAUGUUUUUGUUAACAAACAUACAACCAUUGAGACAAUUAAAUAUUUUAUUCCUAAA